AUGUCAUCGGCAGCAGCGUCGUUGGCCCACGACAUGCUGCUCGCAUUCCGCGACCAGCAGCUCUCAGAUAUCACAGUCCAAGCAUUCAACCAGACCUUCUACCUCCACCGCCUCAUCCUCCUCCGCUCUGGAUACUUCCGCUCUCUCAUCCUCGGCCAAGGUGAUUGGAUCGAAAAGUCUCGUCAGGCCGUCACGAUCCACUUUGACGACCCCUAUGUCACCUUGCAGUCCUUCCAGCGCAUCAUCCAUUGGCUUUAUGGAAUUGAUUUCCAUUAUACCGAGGGGUCUGCUCCACUCACCUUCAAGACCACGCCUGCUAACAGUAGUAGUGGUAGCAACAGUCAUGCUGGAUUGGGAGUGCCAGGAGGAGGAGGUCAGUCCAUGACAAGGAGUGCGUCUGCACAGUAUUAUGGUCAAUCCACUGUUGAGGGAGGACGACAUGGAUUGGGUCUGCAUCAAUUUGGCAUGGACCACCAUCCAACUUACUCGGACAAGACCUCCAUUGCAGGAGCAGGAGCAGGAACGGUCUCGGUUCGUUACUACGACAACAUCAUGAUGGACCCCUCCGACAGUAUCGACGAACUCCUCAUCUCCAUGUACGCCGCCGCCUCAUAUCUUAACAUCACCGCGCUCAUGGAGGAAAUCUGCAGCGACAUUGCCCAUCGUAUCAGAGACAACAGAGGUCUAAUCCACUAUAUGGAGUACGCCUGGAAACUCAACAAUGGCAAGGCAUGGGACAUUAUCCUGGCCCAGUGCUUCUACCAGUUCUUCUGGAGCACCUACAAGUCCAUCACCUUGCAAGAGAUGCUGGUCUCGCCGGAGAUGCCCCUCGCUGGUCUCGUCAAAACCCUUGUCUCCGAAUCCCUCUAUGUCCCCAACGAGUAUGAGCGCUACCAGCUUGUUAAGGGCAUUAUGUUGCGGCGCUUGAGCCUAGAGACCGAGAAAUUAAUGAGUUGGGUCUACGACUACCAUGAGCAGGAUUGGUUCGGGAUCCUCAAGGAGCUGGACGAUAAUGGCACUUGGUCGUAUGAGCUAACAUCAGAUGCGUUCUUGAACAAUAUUCAGGAUUGGGAGUCGACUUCGACGGCAGAGUACGAGGAUGCGGUGGACACGGAUCAUGAUUGGGCUUCGACCACCAAGGAGCUGCGUCGACGCAGUUCUCAGAUAAGCACCUCGCUACACUUUGAGGUGGAUGACGAUGAAGAGGACAGAGCCGCAACUCCGACUGCAGAGAAUGUCAUGUCAUCCGCAUCGCAGCCACUCAAGCAAUCACCUUUGCGGAAACGGCAGGAGAACGCAGACUCCGAGGAAGAAGACGCGGUAGAGCAGGAGGAAACCGAUAUGGAGGGUACCUCGACGGAGCAAGCAGAGACACCAGUGAUGAAGGGGAUGAAGGAGAUGAAGACAAUGACACCCCAAUCGCCCGUCUUGGAGACCACACCCCAGUCGCCCAUUCUGGACACCGCCUUAUCCUCACCUGCAUUAUCUGCAUUAUCGAUUUCCUCAGACACCCUCCCUCGCCACCAAGUUCGGGAACUGCUGAUACUUAUGUAUAUCCUGCACCACAGCAUUCACUAUACCCAUAUGUCGUUCGAUCACCUACACCAGAUCUUGACAGACGGGAUGGUGCUGCCCUCGCGGAUUAAGGAUGCAUUCUGGCGACAGCACCUAUUAAGACGGAUCGCCGUCAGUACUUCGGCGACAUUGCCUUACCUAUCAGCCCCUUCGACCCCACCUCUUGCACGGUAUCAUGGAGCGGGUCCUGCUCAACGCGAGAGAAGGACUCCUAUAGUGUCAGCCAGCUCGCGCGCAAAGAUGUCAGGAUCCUCGCGACCUUCGCCAACCCCCAUCAGCUUGCUACCAACUAACUCUCAUGGUCUCUUGCCGAUCCGGUUCAGCACCUCGCUCUUCAUCAGUCGACGGGAUCUGAUGACGGACGGAAAGCACUUUACGUCCUCGACAUUCUAUGGCGGCAGUUGGUGGAGUAUUCAAGUCGGCAACAACCUGAACGCGGCUGGACAGGUGGGAGUCUUUUUGAGCUCCGCGCCUGUUCCCCGUGUUGUGCCCAACGCUGGAGGAGGAAGAACGCUUGGUGGAUCUGGGUCAUCGCAUUCGAGUUUUUUCUCGGCGUUGAGAGGCGAUCGAGCAGGAACGGCCUCGGCUCCGAUGCGGGAUCGUCGCGGUGGUGGUGGUAGCACUACAGGAGGUUCGACACAAGCAGACCAGGGCGCGAACGGAGAUUGCUCCAGCGUCUACAGUCGUCAACGAGAACUCGACUGCAGUUACCGGAUCUAUAUGACCUCGAAUGUAGUCGAGGCGCCCCAGUACUUUGCAGCGACGGCGUCGAAUCGACUGGAAGAGAUCCGCGGGAGUGAGUAUGGCUAUUCCCACAACCACCACCACCACCACCACCACCACCAUGCACCCACCGGUAGUAGUACAGGAGCCAACAACGAUAUUUUCCGUCCACGUGCUGUCGGACUCGGCGGCGGACUUGGAUCGUCGUCCUUACCCAACUCACCCGAGCUGGGCUCGAGCUCGUUUGUCCGGACGACACAAAAGAUUGCCUCGGAGGACGAGAUGAUCUGCCAUGACAUGUUCAAACUGAACGAAGGAUGGGGGUACAAGAAGUCGAACUACCUCACUAGAGUCGCGCGGUAUAUACGGGACCAACCACCUAAGGCAACCCAGAACCCGUCUAAUGUAUAUCCUCCCGACAGUACGUCACCUCAACUGACCCGGGCCCCUGCCAACGGCCCUCCCCCUCCGCAGCAUCAACAGCAGCAGCAGCAGCAGCAACAAGCGCAGCCAUUACAGCAACACGUGCAUCAACAACAGCAGCAGCAACCUGGGAUUCCUUUGCCUCAAGUACCACUCCAUCAUGGACAACAACAACACGGUCCACUGCAUCAUCAGGGCCAAGGCCAAGGACAGCAGCAUCAACAACAGCAGGUUCAACAGCCUCACGCACAGGGACUUCAGCAUAUCCUUCAGCAGCAACAGCAGCAACAGCAGCAACAACAACCACAAAUUCCUCACGACCCCCUACAAAAUGGCGGUCAUGUGACGCAGGCUACAACACAGUCUGCGAAUCAGUACACCUUGGGCCCUGACGAGACGGAGGAUGACGGGCUUUGGAUCCAUUUUGUUGUCAAGGUGGGAUGGUCUGACCGCAAGAACACCCCCGAGAAGGCCGUCAGCUAG